GCACGCUGUUUGACCCCGGAAGCGGCGCGGCCGGAUUUGGUGCGGACCUCGGACCGGAAUGAUUGAGUUCCGCCGAUCAGAGUUUUGUUUGUGGUUCUGACGUGCACAUUUUUGGGGUAUCCGAAAAAUCCUUCCCGUUUCAUCAGCUUCAAGAUGCCUGGGUGUUAUGUGAGAGGAUGCCUGUCAAGGUGGGGAAGAAAGGAUGAAGAUUACAGCCUCCAUGUUUUUCCAAAAGAUCCAUGUUUAACAAAAAAAUGGCUUCAACAGCUUGGCAUUCCUCCAGAUGAAAUAGAACAGGUCAUUGGAAAAGUAAAAGAAAGAAAGCAAGGCUCGUUUCGGAUCUGCAGCAAGCACUUUGCAAAGGAUUGUUAUGAAAAACGUCCAUUCGGAUGGACCCUGAAAAAAGGAUCCAUUCCAACAUUGUUCCUUCAAGAUGACUGCGAACCAGACCAUGCGUACGCCAAAAGACCUAAGCUAGAGGGGGGUGAGAGCACCGCAAUCUCUGGAGAAACCAUUGGGCAGCCUUUGGAGUUUGAAGACACAGAAAUUGCUUCCAUCUCGUCGGGGGCUGAGCAAGAGAGUUCAUCUCCUGUGUUAAUUAUAUCUGAGACAAUAACAGACUUCUCUUCCAUUGAUAGUGUAUGUUUACAAACGUAUGAGGAGGUUGUGCCCUCCAUUGCAUGCACAGAAGAAACACAGCUAGCAUUUUAUGGGGAUUCUUCGAGAAGCAAAAAAAAAACAAAAAAAAGACACGCAAAGAGUGUAGGCACGUGCACAGAAUAUUUCCCAGGGCAACUUCACAAAUCCACUCAGUUUAGAAAAAGUUUUGGAACAAAGAACAAAAAAUCACAGGUUUGCCGUAGACCACCUCAUCGGUCUAUUGGUAUCCAGUGCAAUUUGGGAAAUGCAUCGGCAGAGUCAUCUACGCGUCGCUCAUAUGUCCCAUCAAAGACUGGUCAUGUACCUGAGAGCAGUCUCAAUGAUUCAGAAAACCUGGAACUGGAUCCUGAGUACCUGAUAGAAGUAAACAUUGAAUCUCCUCUCUGUUCAUCUGCAACUGAUGACUCUUGUGAUUCUGAUUCUGAACUACAAGGAGUUCCCCUUUCAGAUUCAGAACUAAGUCCUCCAACGCCAAGAAGGGGCAUAGAUGAAAGUUACAGGCCCACUAAAGAAAUGGAGGAGGAUUUUAGAAAGUUAGGAACUGAGGAUAUCUUUAUUGAUCCAAAUGACCCGGACAGCUCUUACGUCCUACUUAAUGAUACGCCCAGUGACAGAGAUCACGUUGAAGAAAAUAAAUUUAUCGUCUUUGAAUCAUGUUUGGAUGAGCUUCUCCUUUCCUGCAAGUGCAAGGCCAGAGCUAACUGUAUGGGAUCUAUUGUAAAACUUCAAAAAUAUAGAAUUGGCACGGCAAUAAGUGUCACUGCUUACUGUUCUAAAAAACACAAGUUCCACUUAUGGAGGAGUCAGCCACUUAUUGAUAGGACACCCGUGGGCAACCUUUUGCUUUCUGCUGGUAUUUUAUGUAGUGGUUCCAGUUUCCUGAGGGUGGAACGUUUGCUCAGUUUUAUGGGAAUCUUCGGCAUCAGUAAGUCAACUCACUUUACCAACCAGGACAAAUAUCUAUUUCCAACGAUAAAUUAUCACUGGGAGAAAAACCACCUGGAGACUCUAGAAGGGAUGCAAAAUAACCCUGUGGCUCUAUCUGGUGACAGACUAUUUCAUUCUCCAAGGCGUAGUUCCAAAUAUUGCAUCUACAGCUUCCUGGACAGCAAAUCCAAAAAAAUGGUCGAUUUUCAAAUAGAGCAACAUCAGCCUGGUACAAAUGCAGAGUUGCUCGAAAAAAAGGCAUUCCACGUUUGCUUACAAAGACUGCGCGCAAGCAACAUAAACAUCAAAAUAGUUUGCACAGAUCUCCAUAUGUCCAUUCGGAAAUUGAUGCGUGACCUUUACAAGGACAUAACGCAUCAGUUUGAUGUGUGGCACGUGGCAAAGUCGAUUGGCAGCAAAAUUGCCACUGCGAGUAAGAGAUCAAAUGCGGCAGAUUUAGCGCACUGGGUGGUUCCCGCAAAAAAACACCUUUGGUGGUGUGCACAGACAUGUAAUCUGAAUCCCUUGCUGCUGCGGGAACAAUGGAUUUCCAUUGUUUAUCAUGUUGCCAACAAGCACAGAUGGCAAACGGGCACACUAUACAAGGAGUGCCAACAUGCUCCAAUAAACGGGGAGGAAGAAAAAACUCGAGAAUGGCUUACUCCUGGUUCAACUGCUCACAGUGCCUUAAAGGGAAUAGUUUUAAAUCCCCACUUUUUAAAGGAUAUUGAGCGUUUGUCACAUUUUUCCAAUGCAGAAGAACUGGAGGGGUUUCACAACACGGCUUUAAAAUACCAAUCGAAGCGAAAUCACUAUUCCAUCGACGGCCUGGUAGCAAGAAUACAACUAUCUGCCUUAGACCACAACAAAAACAUUGAGCGAAUGCAGCCUGUAGUGCGCAGAGUCACAAGCCACGGUGGAGAACUUGGGUCGGUACAUCAUAGACUCUCCAACAGUAAAGCGAAAAAAGAAUGGGUGGUUGAAAAUGAACUUGAGCCAACCAAUCAGGACUUUAUUAAAGAGAUCAUGCAGGAUGUGCUGGAACUGGUCAAAGGCAACAAGUCUUACCCAUGGCGUUCCCGCUGUGAUAGGGAACUACAGAAUAUUGCCACUGUGACUCAUCCAAAAAAAUCUUCUUUUGAAGUAUUGGUCACGAUUUAAAAUGUAAUUUUAGCUUGAAGAAGGCCUGAAGAUGGCCUGCUAUUACACUUUGGACUCAGAGACAGACCUAUCCACAUAGUGGUCUGUUAGGCUCUAAAUUUGCAAUCCAAAAAAGUUUUUUUAAGCUUUGAUAGAUUAAACGGCCUGAGCAAAAUUUGGUGGUUAAAGUAGAAUUCCAGACCUUGUGUAAUAAAGAUGCAUAUAAUUACCUACACUUUAUUACUCAAAGUACUGGGAUGCCUGACUUUACACGCACAUGAACUUUAAUAGCAAGUCUUAGUCCGUAGGGUUCAAUGUUGAGUUGGCCCACCCUUUG